CUUGUCUUGUUUCUUGUUCGUGGCCAAAAGUCUCAUCUUGUCACCCUCAGACACUACGUCUGUCCUCUCAGAAUAUAAACCUCUUCGCACGAGCCGCGUCUUUACUUCUCUUCUCCUUUUGCUCUUUGAUCAUAAUCUUGGUAAUUCUCCCGCCCGGUGGUUCUUCAACUACCAUUCACUCGCUUCUUCAAUAGAACUGAACAUUAUUUCAGACUUUUGACCGACGACACGUGUCCUCGACCUAUUUCAACGACAAAACCAAAACCACCACACUCUUUACAUACCCAACAUGAAGGCCCUCAUUCUCGUCGGUGGCUUCGGCACCAGACUUCGACCUCUCACCCUCUCCAAACCCAAGCCCCUCGUCGAGUUUGCCAACCGACCCAUGAUCCAGCAUCAGGUCGAGGCCUUGACUGCUGCCGGUGUCACAGAUAUUGUCCUGGCCGUCAACUACCGCCCUGAGGUUAUGGCUGGUGCAUUGGAAGAGUAUGAGAAGCAAUACAACGUCAAUAUCACCUUUUCCGUCGAACAGGAACCACUGGGAACCGCUGGUCCCCUGAAACUGGCUGAGAAGGUCCUUGCAAAGGAUGACAAGCCUUUCUUCGUCCUCAACUCUGAUGUCAUCUGCGACUACCCCUUCAAAGAGCUCGCCGCCUUCCACAAUGCCCACGGAAACGAGGGUACUAUUAUGGUUACAAAGGUCGAGGAGCCUAGCAAGUACGGUGUCGUUGUUCACCAACCAAACCACCCCUCCAGAAUUGAACGAUUCGUCGAGAAGCCCGUCGAGUUCGUCGGCAACCGUAUCAACGCCGGUAUCUACAUCUUCAACACCAGCAUCCUCGCCAGAAUCGAACUCCGACCCACCUCCAUCGAACAAGAGACCUUCCCUGCCAUGACCCGCGAUGGUCAACUCCAUUCCAUGGAUCUCGAAGGCUACUGGAUGGAUGUUGGUCAGCCAAAGGAUUUCCUUAGCGGAACUUGCUUGUUCCUCUCUUCUCUGACCAAGAAGGGCUCUAAAGAGCUGGCUCCUACUUCGGAGCCUUAUGUCUAUGGUGGUAAUGUCUUGGUUGACCCUACCGCCAAGAUUGGCAAGAAUUGCCGCAUUGGCCCCAAUGUGACUAUUGGCCCCGGCUGCGUUGUUGGCGAUGGUGUCAGACUCCAGCGUUCAGUCCUGUUGAGAGACAGCCAAGUCAAGGACCACGCCUGGGUCAAGUCCACCAUUGUUGGUAAGUGCAAUUCUCCCCGUCACGUCCUAAACCCGCCACUGACUUUCUCCAGGCUGGCAAUCCAAGGUUGGCCGAUGGGCUAGACUGGAGAACGUCACCGUUCUUGGUGAGGACGUUUCUAUCGGUGACGAGAUCUACGUCAAUGGUGGAAGCGUCUUGCCUCACAAGAGCAUUAAAGCCAACGUCGAGGGUAUGUUUUGUUACGCAACUAAUUUUCUCCGUACCUGUCCUAACAAUUUCUCCAGUCCCUUCCAUCAUCAUGUAAAUUCGCAACUCGGCAUUUUCAUGACCAUUCUCCCAAUCACUGGACCUUAUUCGAGCUUUACACUCGCAUGUCCGGAUUAAUCUUCGACCCAGUUGUCUUUAUUAGCAUGGCGAUCACACAAACUUUUUUACAUGGGGUGAAACACGUGGCGUUAUCUGGAGCGAACAAUACCUUUGUUUCCCAUUUAGUGCUGCGAGGUUCAUCAAUCUGCUUCGAAACCGCAAAAGGUUAGAAUUUUAGAAACGGAUGACCGGAUAUGGUUUGGUCUUGUUGAUGCAAAACGGCGUUCGAUGUCGAGAAUGGGGGGACAGCGAGAGCCAAACAGGCAUCAAGGAAAUGUCCUCGUUUCAGGAUGUCGGAGGUCAUACGGUUGUAAUAUUAUGGAUCGGAAAGCAUCACAUCACAGAUCAAUCGCCAGCCGGCAAUCACAAUGAGCGCAGAAUGUAUGCUGCAGACGAUUAAUGAAUCACAAUCUUGCUCUUCAAACUACUGAAUUUAUGUGGAUGCAUUUUGACGCAGUUCAACGUGAUCCGCGGGCUCUGAAAAGGCGUUGGAUUCUAUGUGGUGUCACCUUGAUUCAACCAGCCCGGUUUCCCGCCAUGGUAUCUGGUGUGUGGCACACCUAGCAUUCUACCUCUUCACAAGUCGGCUAAAACAAAAAACGGGAAAAAAAAUUGGAGUGAGGUCUUGCCCGGAUUCGAACCGGGGUUACUGGAAUUCUUUGCAUCAAAAUCCAGUGUGAUGACCGCUACACUACAAAACCUUAGGGAUAAAAGUUAAUCCUGCC